AUGGGUCCUACCGUUGGGGCGCUAUUUUCCACGUAUGCCUCCUGGAGGUGGAUUGGAUGGAUCAACCUCCCAUGGCUCGGGAUUGGGACACCUUUGGUUAUCAUCUUCCUCAAACUUCGGCCUAUUCCGCUCGAUUCCACGCUCGUUGGAAAUUUAAAGCGUCUCGACUGGAUUGGAAUAGCGCUAUUUAUCAUCGGAAUCUCGAUUUUAGUUAUUCCGAUGAGUUGGGCGGGCUCCUUAUAUCCAUGGCCCUCCUGGCAGACUCUCCUUCCACUAUUCUUAGGAGUGGCGGCACUCGUCACUUUUGGAUUCUACGAGGGAAAGCCUACCGAUCCUAUCGUUCCUCAUCGUAUUUUCCACUCGAAGACCGGAAACGUGACUUUACUAGGAGGCUUCCUCCACGGCACAGUGUUAGUCUCCCUCCUACAAUACUUGCCCUUACUCUACCAAGCUGUAGAGCUCCAAAGCGCAAUAUCAUCCGCCGUAUACCUAUUGCCUACCUCGAUUAUCAGCGUCUUAGUAGCAGCCGUCUCAAUGAUGCUAGUACCAUUGUUCGGAGGUUAUGUGUGGCUUUUACGAUUUUCGUGGGUUAUCCUUACGCUAGGAUCCGGCUUACUAGCCCUCUUCGAAGUAGGGUCUUCAGCAUCUGUAUGUUACGGGCUUCCUAUUCUCUGGGGUCAGGGAGUUGCGCUAUUACGCCUUAAUAUCCUUCCGAUGCAAGCGAGCGUUAAGAAUGUUGAUGACACAGGCUUAGCUAUUGGGCAGUUUUUAACUAUUCGCAUGUUUGGUGGUCUUGUCGGUCUCACUAUUUCUUCGUCAAUUUUCAACAAUGUUUUCUCCAGGACUAUCACUGAUACUACACCUACACUUCAGCUGACAGGAGCAUUGGCGCCUCUGAAAGAUGCUUCCAAUGCUGUGAGCUUCAUUGACUCUUUGGGAUCGCUACAUGUUCCUAUAUCAACGCUGGGCCAGGUAUUAGGUGUCUAUCUGAAGUGCUUCCACACGAUAUUCUAUGUGAUGACAGGCCUGAGUGCACUGGGUUUGGUGAGUUCAAUCUUCCUGGAUGAGAUAAACCUGAAGGGCCGGGGACUUGGGAACCAGCGCUUUGAGGACUAG